CUCCCCUUCACACCGGCACUAUAAAAGCGCUCGAUUCCUGUUCGCGUUUCACAAUAGACUAGUCGGCGGAAAACCGAGAAAACUGUGAAAAUGUCGAAUGUGGAAGUAUCGACCAGCGGCAGCACGGCGCCGGCAGAGGUUUCUCCUCCGCGGAGACCUGCGAAAUUGACGGAGACCUUGAAACUUGAGCAUCAAUUCCUUCGCUUGCCCUUCGAGAAUUACAAGAAGACGAUCCGCAUAACCCAGCGCGCCUUCGAGAAAGACACCGCCGCCGUUAUCUCAGGAGUAGGAAAUGCCACGUACUCAGACAUAUCGCGAGACCACGCUGUUAACCAACUGAGUUCUUUCGUAUCGCGACUGCAAGGCCUCAAAAGGAAGUUGGCAGAAGGAGAUGAAACCUGUCAAGCGCAUGCACAGAGAUGUAGAGUUAGGCUGGAACAUAUGAAAUCUGGAACAGACGAUUCACCAGAGUGGAACCAAAUUCGCAUCAAGCGAGUUAUUGUGGAUCACAUGUUGCGAAUGUCAUAUUUUGAGACUGCUGCUAAAAUUGCUGAGUGCAGCCAAAUUCAGGAUCUUGUGGACAUAGCUGUGUUUCAAGAAGCAAAAACAAUUAUCGAUGCUCUUUAUGUGAGGAAUUUAGCCCCUGCUCUAUCAUGGUGUGCUGAAAACAAAUCUUGGUUGAAGAAAUCAAAGAGUAAACUUGAGUUUCAGUUGAGACUGCAGGAGUUCAUUGAGUUGGUAAGGUGUGGCAAGAGGAUGGCUGCCUUAACAUAUUGUCGGAAGCAUCUGGCUCCUUGGGCAGCUACUCAUUUUAAAGAAUUUCAACACUAUAUGGGAACCUUUGCUUUUAAAAGUACCACUCAGUGUGCUCGAUACAAGGUCCUGUAUCAAGAAGACCAAUGGGAUUUAUUGAUCGACAAUUUCAAACAGGAGUUCUACAAACUGUAUAACAUGACUCCCAUGUCUCUACUCGAAAUAUAUCUCCAAGCAGGCUUAUCUGCACUGAAAACACAAAUGUGCUACGAAGAACGCUGCCCCAAGGAAGACCCUCUAUCACAGGACACUUUCCGCACAUUAGCAGAGCCACUUCCGUACGCGAAACAGCAAAACUCGAUACUUAUUUGUUACAUAACCAAAGAGGUUAUGGAUCACGAGAACCCACCCCUCGUCUUGCCUAACGGCUGUGUUUACAGCACCAAGGCUCUCGUGGAGAUGGCUAGCCGAAAUAACGGCCAAAUCACCUGUCCGAGAUCAAAUGAAACUUAUCACUUCACCAUGGCAGAGAGGGCGUACAUAUCUUAACAAAAUUAGGUUCGUUCCGAAAACUUCUACACUUUUGCAAUCACCUCCAUUGUUGCUUCUUGUCUUUUAGUAGUCAGUCGUUUGGCAUCAUUGAAUUGCUUUUUGUUUGGCUAAGAAAUAAAUAAAACCAGGCUGGUAUGCCGGCGAUAAUGAAUCGGACCCAACUAUAAAAAUAACAAGACUUCCUUCUGCUGAUUCAAGAACAUGAACUGGUGAAAGUAAGUGUAGUGUUUUUUCCA